UUCGAGAGCACUGGAAAUCCGGGUCAUCUCAAUCAAGCCCUUGCCAGCGGAAGCUUUGCGGCAAACGUGAUACCAGUGGGGCAUCCUUUGCGACCUGGUCUGUUGAGCAAUCUGUCCGUGUUCUGCCAGAGCCAUUGUCGCAAUUCCGGCCAAGUCUUUUUCGCCGAAGAGGCAGUCCGAGUUGCCCAGCAGGCUGUCGAACUUACUGCUGAAGAUGACCCGGCUCGAGCGCAGUUCCUUGACACAUUGGGAAACGCCCUGGAGCUCCAUUUCAUGCAAACGACGGAGCAGCCUCUACUGGAGAGGUCCAUAACAGCAUCCCGAGACGCGGUCAGACUCUGCGGGGACGAACCCACGGCCAGAGCAGCCACUCUCAAUGGCUUAUCAAAUAAGCUCACCCUUCUCUACAAGCACACUACCCGACUCGGAUAUCUCGAAGAAGCUAUCAGACUAGCCCGUGAGGUCGUCGCCAUCACCCCGGAGAAUCAUUCAGAUCGACCUGCGUAUAUGACCAACCUCGCUAGCAAGCUCAACAUGUGGAUCGAGCGUACGGACAAAGACGAGGAUUUAAAAGAAGCGGUAGCGGCUGCAGAACAGGCCGUUGAACUGACACCCGCGGAUACACAUCUACAACUCGCGGGUAGGCUGAACAACCUAGGACUCCUGUUGUUACGGCGCUAUACGCGUGCACAUGAAACUAUUGCUCUAGAAAAGGCCAUCGGAUCUCUUCAAAGAGCCGUUAGCCUGACCUCAACAGACCAUGCAGAUCGACCGGGGUGGCUGGACAGUCUAGGUAUAGGUCUGAAGUAUCGAUUCGAGAAAUCUGGCGAUCCAGAGGACCUAAACGCUGCUGUACGAAGUGCUCAGACAAGUACUCAAACGACACCGCCUGGCCAUGUCAUGCGAGUAGACCGAUUGGAACAUCUAGCCAGUGUGCUGGAGCUUCGCUACCAAGCAGAUUCUGACGAGGAGGACCUGAAAACCGCCAUCAGCACUGCUCGGGAAUUGUCAAGUUUAGCUUCAGCUAGGGGGCAGAAGCAAGCUCGGCACUCCAUCCUUCUUUCAAGACUAAUUCUGGAGUCAUACAAGAAAUCCGAUGCACCUGAAGACCUGGAGGAGGGUAUACGGGAAACAACAGAGGUGAUUAGGAUCUUGUCACAAGGGGAUGUAGAACUUCCAACAGCCUGGAAGCAACUCGCCAUCUGCUUCGAACAACAACACCGAAGCACCGGCACUAGGCAAGAUCUCGACAAAAGUAUCGAAGCCUGGCGGACGGCAAUCAGCCACCACAAAGCUGGCAGCGUGGAGUGGGCUAUUUGCAUGGGCGAGAUGGGAGACCUGCUAGCGAACCGGUACCGAGAGCGGUGGGACCCGCAAGACCUCUCCGAAGCAAUCGAGAGCACACAAAAAGCGGUGGAAGUCAUUCCUACCAGUCACACACAGCGUGCUAGCCUGCUCGAUAGGCUAGGUAGACAGACGGUCGAUAAGUGGAGCCGAACAGGAAGUGAUGCAAGUGACUUGGAGAAGGCGGUCGGCCUCCUCCGAGAAGCGAUCUCUCUCGUCCCGGAAGAAAGCCCAGACCGUGCUAGCUAUCUGAACAACCUCGCAGGCAUCCUGGAACUUGAAUACUCACGAACUGGCAACCAGAAUAUCCUGGAACAGUCAAUCCGGCAGGCACAAGCUGCAAUGGCUCUGGAGCCUCAAAACCGCCCGGAAAGUGCUAGCAGCCUCAUCAAUCUGGCUAACACGCUCCAGAGACUAUUUGAGCAUACCGGGGAGGUGCAUUACAUUAAUGAGGCAGUCCGCAUUGCUCAAGAAGCUGUUGAUCUCACCCCGGAAAAUCACAUGAAUCUCACAAGUCGAUUAAACAACCUGGGCAGCAAGCACGGCAGGCGAUACCUGCGGCUAGGAGACACGGAUGACCUCAAGACCUCGAUUAGGAUUGGGAGGCGUGUGGUACACAAUGUGCCAAGGAGUGACAAAAACUACAACAUAUAUGUGAAUAACUUCAUUAACAGGCUGGAAGAGAACUUCCGUCGAGAGAAGUGCUCCGAGAGCCUUGACGAGGCUAUCCGGCUAGCUGAGAACUCGAUUUGCUGCACUCCGGAAGCCACACGAGGUCGGGUAAAUUGCGUUAGCACUUUGGGGGUUCUGCUCGACCAUCGAUACCACAGAGAUAAGAAGCAGGGAUGCGACAACGAGCGGGCUAUUAAGCUUGCAAGAGAGGUAGUCAACUCGACGCCCGUGAAUCACCCUGAUAGAGCGGUCUUCCUUAUUCGCCUUGCCAACAGCCUGUUACAAUGUGCUGAGCCAAUCGAUCAAGAUGCCAGUCUCAGUGAAGCGCUCCAGUGCUAUCUCCGGGCCACCGAACAGCCGUUUGGCCUAGCGACGACGAGGUUCGAGGCCAUGCGCAUGGCGAUUCAUCUCCUGAGCCUCCGCGAGGACUGGGCUCAAGCUACAAUGGUUGCCGAGGCAGCAGUCAAGCUCAUGCCGCGUAUUUGCACCCGCUACGCUUCUCGACAAGACCAACAAUAUGCCGUGACACAGACGGCUGGUAUCGCUUCGGAUGCCUGUACCAUUCUUCUAAAGGCAGGAGAGGUGGAAAAAGCGGUUGAGCUGUUGGAGCUGGGCCGGGGGCUGAUCCUCGGCUAUACGAUCGACAAUCUUGAUGAUUUAUCAUCCCUCGAAAGCACCGCCAAAGUCUUAGCCCAGCAGGAGCGACUUCUCAAACAACGAAGGGAGGCCGUCUAUGCGAUCGAAGCUUGUAUCGAUGACAUUCGUGACACUGUUCCGGGUUAUAGUCGGUUUCUUCGGGGCCCAAGCAUCGAGGAGAUAAGAAGCCACGCCAUCAACGGACCUAUCGUCAUUGUUAAUGUUACUGAUAUGGGCUCGGACGCUAUCAUCAUCGCACACGAUGGUGUAAAAUCUAUUCCGCUACCUACCCUCUCCCCAGCGACAGCACCUUUCUCUAUACGGAACCACGAUGAUUCGGACGACGAGGACGCAGAAUCUGACCAGCUGACUUGGCUCUGGGAGCACUGUGUGAAACCCGUUCUGAGUGGAUUGGUAGGCAUGGGACUUGCUUCGCUUCCAGGGGACAACAGCCCCAAGAGAGUUUGGUGGAUAGGAGCUGGAAUAGCCGGUCGAUUCCCGUUCCAUGCCGCAGGCAAUGCCAGCGAGAGCGCCCUUGACAGUGUAAUAUCAUCCUAUACCCCGACAGUGAAAGCCUUGGGCUACGCUCGGGAAAGGGCCAGGAGGAAUAGUAAUCACAGAGAGAGUGUGGCAGAUGAUGAAAGCGUUGGUACGGUUGUCACCGCCGCCGCUGCACGCGCUACCGCAAGCAAUGCUGACCCGUCCUCGCGGAGGCAAGCAUCUCUUCGCGUGUUACCAUUACCACAGCCCAGUGCCGACAAAGUGCUCGCUCACAUUGCCAGCUCUGUUGUGGCCCACUUCGCCUGCCACGGCUAUUCAGACUCGAAUGACCCGUCUCGCAGUCACCUCUUAUUACAGCGACAAGAAGCAGAAAGCGGUAAAACGAACAAUGAACAAGGAGAGAAAGGUAAUGGUGGCCCUCGUAUCGCCUUCUUGUCGGCGUGCUCAACAGCAGAGGUUAAAGCGCAGGGGCUCGGUGAUGAGGGACUGCACCUGGCCAGCGCUUUUCAGAUGACUGGGUUUUCAGGAGUAAUUGGUUCGUUAUGGACAGUGGACGACGAUAUAUGUGUCUCUUUAGCUGAGGCUUUUUACUCAAAGCUAUUGAGUACGGGGACAGAAGAUGACUCG